UCGUCCGAAAACAAGUGUCGAGUGUCUGUGUAGUGUGUCUGUUUUUAUAUUUUCAAAGUACCUAUUUAAUUCAUAUAUUUAGUGAAAUAGUGACUGUGCCCGUGAGUAAUUUAUAACUUAUUCCCUCAAAUUUGGGUGUUUUGCCAGUCAAGAGAUUUUAUUGUUCGAGGAUUUUACUAACACGGUGUCAAGAGGGUAAGGAGAUGGCGGUUCCGCACAUUACAUCGUUCUGCUGGUGUAUGGGGCUAGAGGCUGGAUCGAAAUUGAUUGGAUUUUUGCAUUUGGUAAUCUCGUUCAGCUUGAUGGUAGUAUGUGCAGUUUACGCGGAAGCGUUCCGACAGUACGUGGGCACGGUGGAGGACGCGGGCGACCGCCUGUACACCACGUGGUACGCGAUCACGUGCGCCGUGGCCGUGUUCACCGUGCUUCACGUGCUGCUCGCUGCUACACUGCUGUAUGCAGUGUUUAAGAGAAACACCCGCGCCCUUCGUAUUUGGGUAUGGCUGAUGCUGGCUCUGUACUGCGCCUCUCUAAUCUAUGUGAUAGCGGCCAUGACAUUUGGCUUCACUGUAUCGGGUUCGGAUAUAUUCCUCGCCUUUUUGCAGGGAUUGGUUUUCUUUGGAGUAUUAGCCUAUUGUAUCCUCUGCGUGAACAGCUACUACCUGAUGCUGAAGAGCUCCGAAGACAUGCAAGGUCCACACAAGACUGAUUUCUAGAUUAACUGCUUAAGUUACGUCUAAGUCACUAAGUUUAGUUCUUAUGUAAGUUAGACUAUGCGAUCCAACUAAGAAUAGGAGCGAUUCGGCGCCAUCUUGUGACGUCAUAACACCUGUGACGUCACAAAAUGGCGAUUGUGGUAUUAAAUCGGAUUAACAAUCUAAGUUAAACAAGAUUGUUUCAAUUUUAUGAAACGGUGCAUUUACAUCAAACGAGUGUAUGCUCAUUCUGACCCCACCAUGUCCAAAUCUUUUAGUGUAAACGGGCGUAGAACAUUUUGCCUGGUCUUAGUGCGUUCGAAAAGAUUCUAUGCAAUGUUUUAAUACUGAACAACACUGAAUACCAGUUUUCGUUUACACUAUAAGAUAACGAAAGAAUGCUCUUGCU